UGUUAGUUGCAGUGGGAUGGCUCUGCCACUCUGUUCAGCCAUGUGAAAUUGGCCCCCAGAUCCUCCAAGGUCUUGUUCAUCACUGGAACAAGUGUCACUGCCAAUAGGCAAAGUAGUGUCUGGCAGGCACUGGGUCAUUACAGAUAUUUGGGUUUCUCUCUCUGAUGGAUCCAACAGAAGCCGAAUGAGUAUGAGAUGGCUACGUAACGCACAUUGCCAGGAGUUGUACUAAAUACUUCACUGCUGAACGGGUUGCUCAGGUACCCUGCCUGUUUUGUUGCUAUGGGAGAUUGGAAGACUGUAACUGUGCCAGUGCUGUCAUCAGAUAGCAAAAAUAUAUUUCAAUAUACCUCAGAGAAAAGGAUAUCUCCCCCAAACAUGAACUCUCAAGUGCUACACUUGUCACUGCCUUCAUCCAAAAGCAUGCACAGCUUUUUCAGUGCCUUCUGCACGGAAGAGAAUAUUGAGCAGAGUAUAUCCUAUCUCAAUAGGGAAUUGACAACACUGGGCUUUCCUUCUAUUUAUGCAGAGUCCAAAGGAAAGGAAUUAAACUUAAUAUCUAUCAUAAAUUGCAUGAAUGAAUUGCUUGUACUGCAGCAUAAGAACCUUCGAGCUCAGGAAGAAGUAGAAAUGCAGCAUCUGAAACUGGGUAGUGAUAUGGAUCACUUACAGAACUGCUAUGCUAAAUUAAAGGAGCAGUUGGAGUUAUCCAAAAGGGAAAUAGUUGGCCUUCAGGAAAGAGACAGACAACUGCAAAGCAAGAACAGGAAUCUGCACCAGUUACUUAAAAACGAAAAGGAUGAAGUUCAGAAGUUACAAAACAUAAUUUCAAGUAGAGCUACGCAGUAUAAUCAUGAUAUGAAGAGGAAAGAGAGAGAAUACAAUAAAUUAAAGGAACGCUUACAUCAAUUGGUCAUGAACAAAAAGGACAAAAAAAUAGCUAUGGAAGUUCUAAAUUAUGUUGGUAGAGCUGAUGGGAAGAGAGGUGCAUGGAGGACUGAUAAGACGGAAGCCAGAAAUGAAGAGCAAAUGUACAAAGUUCUGCUAAAUGACUAUGAGCAACGCCAAAAACAACUUUUAUUGGAAAAUGCUGAGCUGAAAAAAGUUCUUCAGCAAAUGAAGAAAGAGAUUAUUUCACUUCUUCCACCACAGAAACAAAAACCUAAAGAAAGGUCUGAAGAUGGGCCAGUACUUUCAGACUUGGAGGAGGACACUGGAGAGUUAAAUAAAGAGAAUAUGUGGGAACUGUCAUGUGAAACUGUGCGAGAGCAGCUUACCAACAGCAUUAGAAAACAAUGGAGAAUGUUGAAAAAUCAUGUUGAAAAGCUGGAUAACCAAGUGUCACGUGUGCAUUCAGGAGCUUUGAAUGACAAAGAUGUAAUCUCAAGGGAAGACCAUGAGCUGGAAACUGAAAAACUAGAGUUAGAAAUUCAGCAAUGUAAAGAAAUGAUCAAAACUCAGCAACAACUUUUACAGCAACAGCUUAUGUCUCCAUGUGAUGAUGACACCACUCUGUUACUACAGGACUGCUAUCUUCUGGAAGAAAGAGAGCGUCUUCAGGAAGAAUGGAGACUAUUUCAAGAACAAAAAAAGAAUUUUGAGAAGGAACGAAAAAGUUUUACAGAAGCUGCUAUUAGAUUAGGACUAGAGAGAAAAGCAUUUGAAGAAGAUAGAGGAGCAUGGUUGAAGCAACAGUUCUUAAGUAUGUCUACCGAUUACAAGCACUCUGAAAAUGUGACAACUCCAAGUGCCUUCAUAGGAACUUCUGACCAAGACAAUCGGCUAGUGAACUCAAUGUCUCAGCAAAGAAAGCCUCACUGUAUGGUGAGUGGUCCUGUUUCAGCUGAAUCCUGCCAGACUUCCCAGUGUAUUUCACAUAACAGUUUCAAUGCUGCAUUAAAAAAACCUGCUGGUGACAGCGAGCCAAAUCAGUGGGAGGAAAGUGAGAAGGAAGAAACUGAGUAAUGCACAGUCCCAGGAAGACUCUGAAGCUGGCACUCUGCUAUGUAGAAACUUGCACAUAGAACAACUGCCUUAGACUUUCUAGGGUUGCCUGCUGUUUUGUUAGAGAUGUUCAUAAACUUACUGUUCUGAAGUGUAACAGGAUGCUGUGAGUUUGAUCAUUCUUCUGAAGGGUUAUGUGGUAGGCUGAGCUGUGAUGUGUAUGUAUGUGUGUGCACAUGGCUUUUAAUUUUUUUAGACCAUUUCUUGCCUCUUUUUUUCUUGCAGCUCUUGAAAGAUGCUUAUUUAAAAGUAUAUUAAAGCUUUGGUAUUUUUCUAGUAACAGAAGCUGUGAUUCUGUGAAUGAAGCUAUGGUCUGAAACUUUGGCUGUAAUGAAAUAUUGGAUCUUAAUGUUUUUUUUUCAUCACAGACAGAGAUAGCACUUUUAGGAAUGGUUUAAUUAUUGGAAACACUCAUUAUGAGAAACAUCUCAAGCAUAACUGGCAUUAAAACUUCUUUUGCCUCAACUUGAAUGUACAGUAUACUGUAGAUUUUUAACAAAACAAGUUCUAUAUUUAUUAAUUUGUGUGAUUUGAAAAUACCUCUUUGAUAUUUCAGAUGACCUAAAGCGCGAAAUCUUUAUAUAUUUGUAAAUAGACAAAAUGAUUAUGCUGAGAAACCAUGGAAUGAAAUGCAUACAUCCAUAGUAUUAUUUUACGUGGUAUUUUAAAUUGUUUUAUAGUGAUACUCUGUUUACAGAUGCAU